GAGUGAAAAGUUAACUCACUGUUUGUUUCCAAAGGAAACGGUAGGCUGAUGACGCAUGACAGUGGCCUUGAUCUAGGGACAUAAACGUUUGUCUGGUUGCAUGCUUGGACCUUCAGACCUGCGGUUUGAAAGGAAAACCGGUACCAGGGUCAGUCCGUCUUGCAGCAGCUAUUUAAUUUUCUUUCUGUGUGCUGCUGGUCUCAAAUAGAGAUCGUCCAGUGAGAUUCGACUCAUAGGCAUUAUUUCCUGUGAAUCAUGAUCCGCGGCAGUGGCAAGGAGAACAAAGCCGUGUUGCCGUCCCAACAACGACCUAAACAGGUCCAUGUCAUCAAGAGUUCGGGUUUCAUUGCUGCCUCCAAAAUUCCAGCUACUAAGCCUAAAGCAUCUGUUCCAACUUCUAAACCUGAAUCAAAGCAAUUGCCUGGGACAGAGAAGGUCCAAAUGAAACCAACUCAACCGGUAGCAAAGCCAGUGUCUUCUAUUUCAACUGGUUCAACUCACAAGACAGCUACUGGGCUAGUUUCUUCUCAACAGCAAGCGAAAGGAUAUCAGAUUACAACUCAAGCUCCUGCUCAUAUAAAUGUUCAAAGUUCUAAUAGUGGUCAAAGUUCCUGUCUGAAGACAGAUGUAGUCUCUUCGUCUUCUUCUGGAAAAGCCACAGACCCUAAGCAAGAAGUGCCUUCUCUCCAAGAGGGCGAAAGCAAGGCAUCAAAAUCAUGUGGACAGAAAGAUAUGCCUGACAACAAGAAAUCUGGCCAGAAGAAUGACAAGCAGCGGACUUUCACACUCUCAGAUUUUGACAUUGGCAAAGCCCUGGGCAAAGGAAAGUUUGGCAACGUCUAUCUAGCACGAGAAAAAACUUCCAAGUUUAUUAUAGCCUUGAAGGUUCUUUUUAAGUCACAAUUGCAGAAGGCAAAUGUUGAGCACCAGUUGCGCAGAGAAAUAGAAAUUCAAUCACAUCUAAGGCAUCCUAAUAUCUUACGUUUAUAUGGUUAUUUCCAUGACGAACAGAGAGUUUAUCUUAUCCUGGAAUAUGCUCCGAAUGGGGAGCUUUUCAGAGCCCUGCAGACACAGCCUUUGAAAAGAUUUGAUGAGUUGAGAGCUGCUGCUUACAUUCAACAGCUAGCUGACGCUUUGCACUACUGCCAUAGCAAAAAGGUUAUUCAUCGUGAUAUCAAACCAGAAAACCUUCUUCUAGGUGCAAAGGGUGAACUAAAGAUUGCAGAUUUUGGGUGGUCUGUUCAUGCUCCCAGCUCAAGGAGAGACACUCUAUGUGGUACGUUGGACUACUUGCCUCCAGAAAUGGUACAGGGUCGUCCACAUGAUCACAAAGUUGACUUAUGGAGCUUGGGUGUUCUUUGUUACGAAUUCCUUGUUGGCAAGCCACCAUUUGAGGCAGAAACCUAUGAGGAAACCUAUGCACGAAUCUCCAGAGCCCAGUACUCAUUCCCUGAUCAUGUUUCCAGCAGUGCCAGAGAUUUAAUUACAAAGCUUUUGCAGCUAAAUCCAAACAAUAGAUUAUCUCUUGAAGGGGUUUUAGACCAUCCUUGGAUCAAGGAAAGUGCAAGUCUUCGCAAAAAGAUACAAGAAAGCAACUGCCAAUCUAAGGGUCAGCCCAAUGGGAAUGGGAAGCCAAUUGCAGCUAAACCAGAACCAGCUGUUUCCAAUUAACUCCUCAUUAAGUCCUAGUGUAACUUUAUAAUGGAAGUAUUUUACCCUUUCCUUUUGUUAAGGGCUCAUGUUGUUUUUUAUAUAUGAAAUUGUUUUUGACUUGACAUCAUGUUGCCAUUGUUUUUUCUCUCAAAUAGAGAAGCUUGAUGUGAUGUUGUAUUAUUUUUCAAUGUGUAUUUUGUAUGUACACAUUGUGCUCAGAUCGGGAGAAGUUUGGUGAUUUCUAUUUUUAACAUGCUUUUGAAAAAGAGAGAAUGUUAGUUUAAUCACUGCCAAGUUACAUGUAGUUAUGUAAAUAUUAAUUUCCAACUUUAGCGAUCAUGGAUGAUCCAUGCAGUUUCAAAUAGAUCAUCUCCCUUUUUUUACAAACCCCUAUUGUAUGUAGAAAGCUGAUGAAACUUUGUUGUGCAGUUGUCCACACAAAUUUAAUGUUUUAAAAUAACUGUCUUGAAAAUGAGUAUCUGUGUUAUAGUAAAACCUUUUAAUUAACUUUGAAUGUGUGUAAAUUGUAAAAAAAGAAUGGAAAAUGCUAAUGUACUGAGUUGAGUUCAUAGACCACAGAUUAAAAACAAAAAAUGCAAUAAUUCA